GCGUGUGCCGCACACCGGAAGCGGCCGCAGUCGCCAUGGCAGCCGCCUGCGGGAGGCUGUUGCGGCGGAGUCUCGCCGCUGCCCGGCCCUCCCCCUCCGCCGGGUGCUUUUCUUCCUCAAGCUAUCGAAUUAGCAGCGAUGGGAAGCCAGGAAAAUUCCAGCCGCCUCCGAAGCCCAUCAUUAUCGACAAGCAGAAGCAGAAGGAGAGGAGGUUCUUGAGCCCUGAAUUUAUACCUCCCAGAGGGAGAACUGAUCCUCUUAAAUUUUACAUAGAAAGAAAGGAUAUGAUACAGAGACGGAAAGCCUUCAACAUCCCAGAGUUCUAUGUUGGCAGUAUCCUCGCUGUCACCACUGCCAACCCCUAUGCCAGUGAGAAGGUGAGCCGCUUUGUGGGCAUCUGCAUUCAGAGAGGAGGAAAAGGACUUGGUGCUACCUUUGUCCUUCGGAAUGUUAUAGAAAACCAAGGUGUGGAAAUGCGUUAUGAACUGUACAAUCCUCGAAUCCAGGCAAUCGAGGUUCUGAAGCUGGAAAAGAGGCUGGAUGACAACCUGAUGUACCUGCGAGAUGCCCUCCCUGAGUAUAGUACUUUUGAUGUGAACAUGAAACCUGUGCCUCAUUUAGACCACGAAGAGAUCCCUGUGAACAAGCUGCAGGUACGAAUGAAACCUAAACCAUGGUCAAAACGGUGGGAAAGGCCAAAAUUCAAUAUAAAAGGAAUAAAGUUUGAGCUACCUGAAAAGACAAUGAAAGAAGCACAGAAGUGGAGCCAGCCAUGGUUGGAGUUUGAUAUGCUGCGAGAAUAUGAUACUUCAAAAAUAGAAGAGAAAAUUUGGAAAGAAGUGAGUGAAGAGCUUAAAAAAUAAUGGGGUUUGCAGUCUAGGAAUCACCAAGAAAAUUGGUCUUUACUGCCAAUUUGCUGUGUAGGUUAUCAGUUGUCAAGUUUUGUACAUACAUAGGGAAAAAAUAAAGUUGCUCUUUCCAGAAA